CACUCACAAAACAAGCACUGUACAGAAAGUGUUCCCACAGGAAUAAAAAAAUAAAAAAAUAAAACACAGAAGGAAUGUUAUCCACCCCCUGCAUUCACAGAUUCCUCUGAAGAAACAGUAGCCUGAAAAAAGAAUAAUGGCUCUUGGUAAAAGAUACAUUUUUCACAGUAUGUUGAUGACUGGGCUGAUUCUUCUGCUUAUGCUAGAGGCCUUAGGCACUAUGGACCACAAGACCACAUUUCUCUACUUUGCCUAUGGAAGUAAUCUUCUUAAGGAAAGACUUCAAUUGAAUAAUCCUUCAGCAAGUAUUCAAUGUGUGGCCAAGCUUCAGGACUACAAGCUUGCUUUUGGGAACCAUAAGGGGCGGGCCAGUCGCCGGUGGCACGGUGGGGUUGCCACCAUUGAGCCGAGUCCUGGGGAUGAGGUGUGGGGAGUAGUGUGGAUGAACAUGACAGACCUGGAGAGUCUGGACAGUAGACAGGAGGGUGUGAAAUUAGGAAUAUACAGUCCAAUAGUGGAGUCUGUAUGGGCCAGUGAUCAGUACCUCAGCUGCCGCACUUACAUCAUGAACAACUGUACCCAUGCCUUGCCGUCUCCACAAUACUUGAAGGUGAUGAUGAUGGGGGCAGAACAGAAUGAGCUGCCAAAGGAUUACCAGGAGAAGCUCAAGGCCAUUGAAACCAACAAGUAUGAUAGUUCAGUGUCUGUGAUGGAAAAGAUAGAGAAAUCUCUUAAAAAGAAGAGAAAAAAGCCUACUGAUGCAUAAGUCUACAGAGGCAGCUGCUCUCGCAAAUAACCUGUGUUUAAUCACAGAUUACCCCCAACAAAUAUAAACAGCUUUAAAUGACAUUAACUUGUAACUAUAUUAUCAGUUCGUGUUAUUAUGACUGAAAAAUUAUUCAGAAUAAUUUGUAGUUCUAAUAUCUUGUAGGAAAAUAAAAUCUGAUAUGUCAACAAAA